AGGCGGCCCUGAGGGGGUGUGUGGCAGGGGUUUCCAAGCCCAGCACCAGCACUCUUGCCCUUUUCCAUCAGGGGUUCAGCCUAGGGUUCCCCCCUGGUGGGCGGCUCCCGAGUUUUGGAGAAGAGCACGAGAACCUAGACCGCCCCUGAGGUGCGGAGACCCCCUGGGCAGGCUGAAAGAUGGCGGCGGCGGCGUCUGUCUCUGCGGCUUCUUGUUCUCAGUUGUCGGGCGCUGUCAGUCCAGCUUUUGACGCAAUUCUGGAGGACGGCGGGUGUGCCUAGAUUGCUCCGCGCUCCCGAAGCUUCCAUUCACUGUUCUUCUGUCGAGGCUGCAGCCUCUGGCUCCCAGUGAAACUGGGCUGGCUCUCUCUGUUCCCCAGCCCUCAUUCACCUUUUGGCGUAGCAACCCCGGUUGCCUGACACUCCCAAGGACCGGCUGGGAUAACCGCCCACUCCCUGGCCUGCGAAAACGUAGCUCCUUUGGUCACGUGGGUUCAGCGGCCCCUCUAGGAAACUCGCCAGAUCAGAACAGCUUAGCUGAGCCAUCAAGGUCUAAUGGAAGCAUGGUUCGGCAUUCUUCAUCUCCAUAUGUAGUAUAUCCUUCGGAUAAGCCUUUCCUUAAUAGUGAUCUACGACGCUCCCCAAGUAAGCCUACACUUGCCUAUCCAGAAAGCAACAGCAGAGCCAUAUUUUCUGCUCUUAAGAAUCUUCAAGAUAAGAUUCGACGCUUGGAACUUGAGAGGAUUCAGGCAGAAGAAAAUGUGAAAAGCUUAUCUAGAGAAACAAUUGAAUAUAAGAAAGUACUGGAUGAACAGAUACAAGAAAGGGAGAAUUCAAAGAAUGAGGAAUCAAAGCACAAUCAAGAACUGACAUCUCAGUUGUUAGCUGCAGAAAAUAAAUGCAAUCUAUUAGAAAAACAAUUGGAAUACAUGCGAAAUAUGAUAAAGCAUGCCGAAAUGGAGAGGACAUCUGUCUUAGAGAAACAAAAAAAAAUGCAAGAGUUGGAAGCAAAACUCCAUGAAGAAGAACAGGAAAGGAAACGCAUGCAAGCUAAGGCAGCUGAGUUGCAGACUGGUCUAGAAACAAAUAGACUUAUCUUUGAAGAUAAGGCAACUCCACGCGUUCCCAAUGCAAGAAGAAUUAAAAAAAAGAAGUCAAAACCACCAGAAAAGAAAAGUUCUAGGAACUAUUUUGGUGCACAACCACAUUAUAGAUUAUGCUUGGGCGAUAUGCCAUUUGUAGCUGGGAAGUCCACAAGUCCUAGCCAUGCCGUGGUAGCCAAUGUUCAGCUUGUCUUGCAUCUGAUGAAGCAACACAGUAAAGCUUUGUGCAAUGAUCGAGUCAUCAACAGUAUUCCUUUGGCAAAGCAACUAUCUUCACGAGGUGGUAAAAGUAAGAAGUUGUCAGUAACACCUCCCUCCUCCAACGGUAUUAAUGAGGAGUUGUCAGAAGUCUUACAGACUUUACAGGAUGAAUUUGGGCAAAUGAGCUUUGAUCACCAGCAGCUUGCAAAACUUAUCCAGGAGUCGCCAACCGUUGAACUGAAAGACAAGUUAGAGUGUGAAUUGGAGGCAUUAGUGGGAAGGAUGGAAGCAAAAGCCAACCAAAUAACUAAAGUUCGAAAAUACCAAGCCCAGCUGGAGAAACAGAAGUUAGAGAAGCAGAAGAAGGAAUUAAAAGCUACCAAAAAGACUCUUGAUGAAGAAGGAAACAGCAGCAGCCGUUCUAGAAUCACAGGGACCACAAAUAAAGAUUUUACCAAACUGAGACCUGGAGAAAAAAGGAGAAAAAAUCUUCAGUUAUUGAAGGACAUGCAAAGCAUACAGAAUUCAUUACAAAGCAGUAGUUUGUGUUGGGAUUACUGACUCAUAACCAGGUCAGAAAUUUUAUUCAGAUAAUCUGUACCUCAUCAAUCAGAUGAUGACAAUUUACUUCCCAGGUCUCAUACUCACUUAUGUUGGAAUUAAUAGCAGGUGUUUAGGGACCCAGGCUUCAUUACACAGGCUUUUCAUGUAUGCAGGAUGACUCAAUGUUAAAGCAUUUAAAUGGAAACCAGGGGAGUUUUAAAGCCUGAGAAACCACACAUAAUCUUGUUUUGUUGAGAUGAGUUUGCUGUACUGGUAUAUUGCACUUUGUAAACAGAUUACCAGUUUUUUACUUGUGGGUGUGAUUUUUUAAAAUAGUUCUUUAUAUAUAAUUAAAAUUAGGUUUAAAUUUUGAAAAUAUGAGACUAUGCUAUAGGCAGUGCUUGCUUGAAAAGUCUCAUUUUUAAAUCUCCCUGGCAUGAAGUGCCCACUUCCCCUUUCCAAAGCAACCAUUAAACAUACUUUGUUUCUACUAUUGGUGGAGUUUUUCUAUAUUUAAAAAUAUAUAUUUCAGAGGAUUUUUAUUUUGCUUUUUGGCAUUUCAGACUUUGAUCAGUACUAAGUGCACUUGUAUUGCUUUUUAAUCUGUUAAUUUUUUAAAGACCCAAGCAGUCAUUUUGAGUUGUAUCUAUAAAAAUUAUAAAAGGACUUUUGAAAGUAUAAACAAAUUAUCAGUGAAAUAAAUGAGAUUUUAGAAUAAAUUGAGAAUGGGAGAAGGGGUAUGUUGUGAGCAUAUACCUUCACAGUUCUUAAUACCUGCUUUGUAAUCAUGAUAUUCCGUCAAGGCAUUAUGGUUUUAAAUCUUGAAACUUAGAGAACCCUUUGAAUAUUUGCUUUUACUGGUGUACAGUAUGAGUGGAAUAUGAACUGUACACAUAAUUAUCAUGUUGAUAUAAAUCAUAAUUUCAACUAGAUCAAGACAUGUUAACUUUUUAUAAAUUUAAAGUCAAUAAAGCACCUUUUUAAAGGAAACACUGCAACUUUCCUUAACAGCCUGUUAAUAAAGGCUUUGUGAUAAGCUCUCAAAAAAUGCAUUUCUAAAUAGGACAUCAAUGUAUUGAUGAAGAGAAAAAACUAGUACUUAGUUGCCAUACUCAUGCUUACAUAGAAAGAGAGCCCAAGAAUAUUAGAUUUCCUCAUGAUACAAGAUACUACAGUAACAGGCUUUAAUUUAGGAUCCUUAAAUAGAUUUUGGGGUAUUAUUUGUGACUCUCCUGAAAUUGUAAACUUGUGCUUGUGUGUCCGGUUUUCUAAUGAGUAGGUUUGUAGCUUGAUCGAAUUAAUAAUUGUGAGCCCAUAGACACAAGGGAAGUGAGAAACAGUGCUCUGGUGACAUGAUAAAUAUAUGUGUCAACCACCAUUUCAACUAUUAAAAACUCCUGUUAUCUCCUUGUUUGAAUUUCAGGUCAUUAAAUUGUAUAACCAUCAUUUGAA